GCCGAGAAACUUUGGAAUAAACCCGUUGAACGUGCGUUUUUGGGAGUACGAUCAAUACGGAGAGGAUAUAUAUUCAUACUGGUUUUGGAGACUAAUUGUGCGAAUAAACUGACGGAAAUAAUCUGCGAGUCAUUGUAGAAGGACGGGAAGGAAUAAUAAGACGAGAAGACGAAGGGGGCAACCAAGACAAUUUAUACCGCGGAAACCAGUCAUCUGAGGAUAUUACGAAAUAUUCACCUGCCUACCUAUCCUCUAAGAUACACAUACGCCAUCCAGUCAUUCUCCUCCUACUAUACUUAUACCUAUUACACACCCGCGCAUCCAACCCCUCCACCUCCGUCAACACCCAGCCUACCCACCAAACCCCCUCAAAACAACAAAAAUGAGUACCUCCCUAGAGGCCAAAAUAGUAGUCCUAGGCGCCCAAGGCGUAGGCAAAACAUCCCUUCUUUUCCGCUACAUAAAAAAUCAAUUUAAUCCGAAAACUACGACAUCAACUGUGGGAGCAAGUUUUUUGACAAAAAGAGUUGUGGAUGCAGAGAGUGAUACUGUGGUUAGAUUGCAGAUUUGGGAUACGGCGGGUCAGGAACGGUUUAGGUAUGUUUUGGGAGCGUUUUUCUAUCUUGUUUUUUGAGGGGAGGGAGUGGGCUAGUGUCUUGAAAUGUGGGAUGUGGGAUGUGGGUGCGGAGGUGAAGUGGAGAUGGGAAUAGUGGAGGAUGGCAUGGGGAGAAAGAGAGAAUGAGAAUAAGAUCAGCAAAACCAAAAAAGCCAUGCUAAUACCCAAUUUUCAACCCACAGAUCCAUAUCUCGCCUCUACUACCGCGGCGCAAAUGCCUGUAUCCUUUGCUAUAGCAUUACAUCUCAAACCUCCUUCAACGAAAUGUCCAUUUGGCUCACCGAACUUCGUCGCAAUCUUCCUGCUGAUAUCAUUUUACACAUUGUGGGCACCAAAGCUGAUCUCGUAGCUAAAGAUCCUAGUGCAAGGGAAGUUCCAUUUGAAAGAUGUAUUGCAUAUGUUGCCGAAAAUGUCACAUCUGUAUUGGGCGGUACACCACCCGCUACAGCGCUUGGAGGUGAACGUGGUCCUGGGAGUUGGGCCGGCUCAGGAGGUGGAAUUUGGGGAACAGGUGGACAAGGAACAAUGACUGGAAUGGAAGGCGCACGUUCGCCUUCUAGUAAAAGAAGUUCGGGAUUCUGGGGUAUGGAAGUUGGAUGGGAUUGUUGUCAUGAAGUUAGUGCGGAGAGUGGAGAGGGUGUAGAAGAAGUUUUUAGAGUUAUUACGAGGAAAUUGGUCGAGCAGAAUAAUAAAAUGAGAGAACAAUUGAUGAGUGCGGCGCAAACGCCAGGAACACCGAUGAAUCCCGAUGGAACGGGAAUGGAGGGUCAAACGGGUUAUUUUGAUGGGAUUAUGAGGCCAGGUGGUAGUUUUAGGGUGGGUAGGGGUGAUAGGAGGAGUUGGUUACUUGGAUUAACGGGUGGGACCUCGGCGGGGGGAAGUGAAGUGGGGAUUACAGGGGCGAGUGCAGGGGCUAAUACGGGGUGGAAUGCUGAUGGAAGGGAGAGGAGGGAUGAAGAAGGUGGUGUGGUUAAGAGGAGGAGUAGAUGUUGUUGAAUGUUGGUAUUGCUUGUUAGGGGUUGAAGUGGGGCCUUUAAAGAAUAAGAGCAGGCGUGAUUGGAUUUAUUUGAUGCCCACUGGUAUCUUGGGAAGCUUUAAACUCGAAAUCCUUUACUCUUAUAUUACGGUAGAGAGGAAAGGGGGUAGUGGCAAGUGGAAAGUGGAAAUGAAUGAAGGGUUUACAUACUCUCAUCUCCUGCCACUGAAGACCUAGUCCGGGCCAGCACAAGGAAGACGGGACUCUAGUCCUGGAAGAUUGGAUAUCGAUAUCCAUAUUGAUUGAAAUAGAAACGGAAGUCGAAGUCGAAGUCAGAAAGAAUAAGAGAGCGAGCGCGCUUGAGAGAGACGCACAUACAGAAAGAGAAAGAAAGGAAGAGAGAGAGAGAGAGAAAGAAACAAAAGAGAGAGAGAGAAAGAGUUGAUACCCUUUCCUAUUUUUUCUACUUUUUACCAUUUACCUCUUACUUUUGGGGUUUAUUAGUUUAGGGGUUUAGGAGUGCUUUCAUCUCAAACUUGCUCUUCUCAUUGUUAAGUUUGUGCUUGGACCGGGAGUGGGAAUGGG